CCUGGCUGUGCCCUGGGUUGCUGGGUGCUGCUGAGGAUGCUCCCCUCUCGCUUGCUGUUUUCUUUGCCCAUACAGAAAGAGAGACAGAGGAAGUGCCAACGUGGAGGUAACCAGGAAAAUUCUAGAGGUGCUCCCCAUCCACUCACUCUGUCUCCUUUGCCAACAGUCUGCGACUUCCACACAUCUUCACAGCACGUGAGGAUGCACUCCUCAGUGCCCAGGCAAACGGAUGAUACCAGUGAAAGACUUGAUCACAUGAACAGAAGACUUCAGGCCAUUACCAGAUGCUUGGAGAUGCUCAUCUUGGAUAUGCCUGAGGGCAGCGAUGACUUCACCAUCUUGGACACAGGGAGUGAAAACCUCUGCACUUCAAGGACAUCGCUGUACCCUUUGAGCACCAGUUGCGGGGAAAUGGAGGCACCUUGCCCACACCCAAAAGCCCAGGAGAACUUGGAAAGCUCCAACCCAGAAAGCAAAGUGGAGCAGGGACUGGGCCUUGGUGAUCAGAAAAAGCCUGUUGCGAUGGUUGCUCCCUUGGUGCGGGAACUGCCCUUUGUGGAUGAGGCUACGAGAAGUCAUCCGGAGCAUCCUAACAUAACGCCAUGGAGGCUUCUACCAAGUGGUGAAACGUUCAUCCCCCAGCCAGCAUACACAGAGAUGAGGCCCAUGCAUGUCCCAGCAGAACGUGAGACACCCAGGCCUGAGACACCACCUCUGAAUUGCAGAAGUUGCUGUGUGCCAGUCCGCCUUUUGUGCCUUUACAUUCAGCGUGCCUGGGCCAAGCUUCCAGCUGCCAGCAAGGCCCUCUAUUACAUGAUCAGAAAGAGAUGUGAGAGGUUCUCAAGGAAGAGAGGAGAGCCCAUCACAGAAAACAGAUUCUCAGAGCCGACAAGGCUGUACACUAACCAACGUAGGAGUAGGCGAUGGCUCAGACUGCUGGCCAAAAGGAAAAGCCCACGUCCACCUCUGGAGGCAAUGAAGAAGCAGUUGGUGGCAACUGAAGAUAAGACUUUCAAUGGUGCCAGUGAGGCCAGAGGUGCCAAUAAUGGAUCAAGCCAGGGUGACAGCUGGCUCCAGCAGGACGUGCUGGCUCCCGUUGCCUGUAGAGAGCCAGCCCAAGUGCUGCUACCUGGGAGUGGGCUGCUCUUGGAGACCCAAGCUCCUGCUCCAUCUCAGAAUGUUGAUGUAGCAGGUGUCCAGAUGGGUACAGCUGCAGUGAGUAGCGGAUUGCCACCUGAUGCUACCAGUGGGCAGGAGCAGAAGGGCAAGGGACACACCCAGGACAAGCCAGCUCCUCCAAGAAGAGUGUCUCGAAAGAGAAAGCGCUCCUCCAGUGAGCAGAGACCCUCUGAUCUGCCACAGCCUCCAAAUCGCACUGGGACAAAGAGUCAAGUCCCCAUCAUGCAGGUGUUCUUCAAAGCAAUUAGAGAUUUGAACAAAGCCAGACAAACUGCUGAUGA